AUGGGCUGAGUAGCACUGACAGUGACUAGUAGAACCAGGAACUGCAAGCACAGGAACAAAUCGGCACAGAUUUCCACAGCCAUGAAUCAGUCCCUCAGUAAAUUAUGUGGCAGCCUUCAGUGAUGAAAAAUAACCCUCGUCAACGAGUCGUGAUGAGGUGAACCGGCGGCUGGAGCUCCAGCAAAGAGAGAGAGGGAAAGAGAGAGAGAGACCACCAACAUCAACACCACCGCCGUGCAGGAAAAGCGGUUGCCUCCUGAGAGACCAUCCCCGACGCCCACACUUCCGGACUGGAGCCUCUGGAGGAAGCUGGGUCGGGAAUCAUCCGUCUCCCGGUGCUGUUUGAGAUGAGGAUAAGACGACGACGUCUUCCCGGUGAAGCUGCGAUGGCGUUACAUUAGACCUGCCCGUUACAAUCUGAUCAGAACUGACCAAAUCGCUGCUGUUAUUCGCUCAUCACUCAGAGGGGAUUCAGGCUUUAGCCAUUCUGUCUGUCUGCUGUCAACUGUUGCUUAUUUCCACUGUAAAUGAAUCUUGUAAGGUUUAUGAACAACCGCGUUCCUUCCAACAAGAGAUACCAGCCCACAGAAUAUGAGCAUGCUGCCAACUGUGCCACACAUGCGUUAUGGAUAAUUCCCAGCCUGCUUGGCAGCUCGGUGUUGCAUUUCCAGUCGGAGGACCAAUGGGAGCGACUGUCGGCCUGGGUGUACGGGGCAGGGCUCAGCUCGCUCUUCAUCAUCUCCACCCUGUUCCAUACUGUGGCCUGGAAGAAGAGCCACCUAAGGUCUGUGGAGCACUGUUUCCACAUGUGUGACAGGAUGGUGAUCUAUUUCUUCAUUGCUGCCUCCUACGCCCCGUGGCUGAACCUGCGGGAGCUGGGUCCCUGGGCGAGUCACAUGCGCUGGCUAGUGUGGGUCAUGGCCUCUUUUGGAACCACCUACGUCUUCUUCUUCCAUGAGAGGUAUAAGAUCAUGGAGUUGAUCUGCUAUACGGUGAUGGGAGUUUUUCCUGCCUUGGUCAUACUCUCAAUGCCGGAGCAGUCGGGGUUGUGUGAGCUGCUGCUGGGCGGUGCCUGCUACUGUCUGGGAAUGGUCUUUUUCAAAAGUGACGGCAUUGUACCAUUCGCUCAUGCCAUUUGGCACCUGUUUGUAGCUAUGGGAGCAGCCAUACACUACUACGCCAUCUGGAAGUACCUUUAUGCCCUGCCACCUAGUCAGGUCCAGACCUCCAGAUGACAUCAUCGCUGACCUCAUAGGAAGUAGCUCCUGUGAUUUAGCUACUUCAAGGGGUUGAUGCGAGCUGUGUCUCAAUUCAGGGGCUGCCGCUUUUGGAAAGCAAGAGUGCUGAACCACCUCCCUAAAUAAGUUGGUGUAGCCUCACAAUAACAAAAACCAAUGGUGCAUUUAGGUGAUUCUCCUCAACUCAAAAAGUCUAACAAAAUUAUGUUCAUCAACAGGGAAAGUUGUAACAAGACUAAGAAUCAGCCGUGCUAGCAGCUCUGUGAGGGUGUACUGCUUUGAGCUAACGCAGCAUGCUAACAUGCUCAGAAUUAUAAUGCUAACAUGCGGAUGUUUACAAGGUGUAAAGUUUCUUAAUCACUAAACGCUAAGUGCAGCUGCUAUUAGUUUUGCAGGGGAUCAUCAAAGUUACAGUUUAUCCUGAGGGGGAAAUUAAUGUCUAAUUAAUGUACUGUAGGCUACCUGAUAUUAUGGAAAUCGAGUCCAGUUAGGAUGUUUCAACUUACACCAUAAUAAGGACAUCUGCAAACUGUGUACUAGCGUAAAGGUACUUACUUUUGUCUUUAUCCUCCUGCAAUUAUCAUAUCUAAGUGGUUAGCGUGAACAAACAGUGGAGUUUAUGCCUCGCUGACGUUAUUUUCAUCCUGCACUGGAUUUUGUGUGACUCAUGACAACCUGAUCGCACAUAACAAAUACGGUGUAGUUAUGUGAUAUUUUUUGACUUUAUGGGUUGAUGAGGACGCAACAAUAAGCAAUUGUCUGACAUGCAAUGGAUUGUAUGAUACUGUAGUGGGUACUGGAAAUAAUCCACAAGUUGUUUUUGCCAAAUGUGUCAAAAAACAAAGGCUGUAUUUGGAGGACACUUUAACCCUUUCAGCCUGUUGUAAUAACUCUGGACCUCAAAGGAGGCAGCCUCUUAUAAGGGACACAGCUUUUGUUUUUACCAGUUCUGUUUAGUUAAAUUUCAAGUUAAUUUUACUGGAAUUUUCAUUUCAUUCCAAUGAUCAGGGGUUAAAUUGCUAUUCUCGGAGAUUUCUCUCCAUGUGGUGCACCAACAGAUUCAGUGUUCAGAAGUAGAAUUGAAGGCAUUGUCUUAUUGUCAAGAGGAAGGCAAUGUUUACAAUUAGCUGACUUGACCAUUGAUCAUUACUUUUAGGACAUUAGUUAAAUUACUAUUAUCAUCAUUAACAGAAAGUGUGGUUUCAUUUGAUUAUGUUUAGGAGGUUGCAACAUCAGUAAUUUACUAUUCCAAUUCAGAGCGCUAGAUAGCAUUAUUGGUGUUCUUGUUAUUAGUUGUGCUAUCUACACUGUAGGACACUAUAUGGUUUAGCAGUGGUUGCUUCAGUUGGUGAUUUACUGUGAUUUCCAAAUCAAGCAUGACUGUAGAAUGAUCUUUUUUAUGUUAAACAUACAGAUAUUCAUGGUUUUGGAGACUUUACCUGUGUGCUUCCACGUUUACCAGGCUCUACUCAGUAGAUUAUCAAGCAUAAUUACUGAAUUCUAAUAGUUUACUGUUGUUAAUUAGGUUUAGUAAGUGAAGAUGUCAUCAGUAAGAUUUAUACAGUAUAUAUUUAUCAAUGACGUUCAGUAUAUGUUGACUUCAUCUAUAUUUUCUUCUAAUAUACUUAUAGAGUCAGCUGAUUAUCAUCUUCAAACUUAUGAAUGGGAUAGAGUUUGUCAAAGCUACUUGUAUGAACCUCAGAAGAGAAAACCACUGUCUUAUUCAGCACUGCCAGAUGACUGACAUACUGCCGUAACUGAUAGCACACUACUACCAUAUACAUCUCACACUUGAAAGGAAACUGAAGCUAUAGUAUUGUUGAACAAUCUGGCCCAAUAUUAAGGCAUCUCAGGUGUGUGUGUUUGUGUGUAUGCUUGUGUGUCUGUGUGUGUGUGUGUGUGUGUGUGUGUGUGUGUGUGUUUGUACGUAUCCUACACUAUCUGACUCCCAUGAAUCCAAAGCCUGUAAUCGGCUGAGUCUAUGUUUACACGUAAACGCAUGUACCUUGAACGCAUAAAAAGUAUAUUUGAAAUAUGUAUGUACUCUUAGUGUCAAGCUGUAUGUGGUGGCACACGAUAUAUUAGACGAGCUUGUAUAGUAUGAUAAAUGUGGCUAGGGGACCAAAAGGUCAUGCUGUCUAGUAUUCAUAGGUAUAAAAAAUAUUUUUUAAACCUCUGCUCCUGUUCAAAAUCUUCUCACUGCUGUCCGUCUCUCAGGAUUUGGAUCAUUUGGGCUUUAAAGCCUGUGAAGCCACUUUGAAGGACUGCUAAAGCUGCUCCGGUUGUUCAGGCGCCGUCUGCAGCAAUGAAAAUGAUCAAAUAGCUGUGUAGCUGCUUUCUUUAAUGCUGGCACUACCCCAUAAAGUUUCACUUGCUUACUCACCACCCCAAGUAGGGCAGCAGUCCCACAGGUUUUCUGCAAGCUUUACAUAUGGUUAAUAUUUACAAGCUAACCAAACAGGAGAAGGCUUUAAGGCAGAUAGAAAUUGACAUACAGCCACUACAGAUAUUACAACAGCAUGUGUUCAUAGAUUCUACAGUCAUACCUUCAGCAAAGCUGCACAACCUUCUAAAUUUGCAGUAAAAUCCACAAAAUUUGCAUUUAGAAUAGCAUCAAAAUACACUGUGACAAACACUUAUGAGAUGAAUGUGCCACAUUUCUUUAAAUUCAAGUAAUUACAGUAGUUCUAGAGAAAACAAGGAAGGCAAAAAUGGCCUUAUAAUACAAUGUGAAGUGGUAAAAAAAAAAAAAAAAAGACUGGAUCCACACCAAAAACAAAUCACUUGUUCCUUGCUUUUACUUUUUUUUUAUGUACCCUGCUAACUAGUAGACAAACAAAAUCGAAAUUUCACAAACAGGUGGGACUGACAACAUAAUCAUGUUGGCAGAGGUAACAAAUAAUAUUAUCCAAGUGUAAUAGAACAAAUCUGUACUUUUUAUAACCAAGGAGCAGCUCUGCAGGAACUCCUUUGCUGCCUAACUGCCCCUGACCAGGUCCUGGGGUCUCAAAUAUACUGUCAUGCUUUUAUAGAUUUCAUAGAUUUAACACAGUUCUGCAUUAUUAUCAUUGUUUAUCAUUUUGUUUUAGUCAUUAGGAAGUGGUAAUUUAAUGUCAGAACAAUUUUAUUUUAUUGUCACAGUGAACCGGGCAUUGCAUUUGUCACACCGUGUGUCUCACUGUGGAAUGAAACUCUUCAGAUGUAUUCUCUUAAUUUAAGAGUACCCUUUAGUACUUGUACUCUUAAGUGUUUACUUGAGCCUCUGAGAAACACCAAAUGAUUGAGCCUGUACUGGUUUGGAGUACUCUGUGGGUAUUUUAGACUUUCAUAGUCAGUAUUUUGACUCAUGCCACAGGCUGGUUUGGCGAUAAUGAGAUGAAGUAUUUGAGAAUUUGAUGUUUGUCUGUCUUGUCUUGGUUAUUAUAUAUCUGUCUAAUACAGACAUACAGUGCCCACCUCUCCAUGAAGCCUUCAUGGACCCUCUGUACAUUAUUUAUAGACGCUCUGUGAUUGUGGAGAUGCUGACUCUGUUCUCAGUGCUGGUGGUGUUUUCUUUCUGGUCAUAUGAGACUGAUUAUAUUAUCUCAUAUUCUUUCUCUCUCUCUAGUUUUCAUAUUGUUUUUUUGUGUCUGUGGUGCUUUUGUGCUGUGAUAA